GCACGCGGGAGCGAACCCCAGAAUCCGGCAGAAUGGACCCGUGGCAUCGUCUGUGCCAGGGGGGAUCGGCGCCCUGGGGCCUGCCCCCUCCUCCCCGCGCCCUGCAGGGAAGCCCCCUGCCCCUGGACCCCGAGCCGGCCCAGGCCGCGAUCAGCGGUGGCGGGCCCGCGGGAGAGGCCCGGCUCCGAGACCGCUUGGCCUGGCUGAGGGGGCAGCUACGAAGCCUGCGGGAGGUGGACGGGCAACUGUUCCGGCAACUUUGCGCCGUGGGGCUGAAGUUGGGCGAGUUGGCCGAGGACCUCGCUGAGGAGCCGCUCGAGGAGGGACCCCCCGAAAAAUCCGACCCCCACGGCCGCCCCGCCUUCGAGAUGACCAUCUGACCGUCCCGCGCCGCCGUGCCGGACCUCUCUUCCGGAGACCUUAGUACCCUUGGCCUUAGUACCCUUGGCCAUAAAACAUGUAUAUACGUAUACAUGUUUGUACGUAUUGAUUACUCUAUUUUAU